AGAAAACAUGUACUCUACAUAUUGAAAUUCCUCGAAAGUAUUUUGAUUAAAAGUAGAGAAAUAUUUUAUCCAUUUGAUGUAAAUCCUGUGCGCAAUGAAGUUCGUUCUUUCUUUCUUUCUAUCCCCUCAUCUCUCUGCUCCAAGUCCAAGUCAAAAGUUUUCGCCGUCACCGGAGAAGAAGCUCUGCUCUCUUCAGUUUCUUCUCAGAACAAGACGACGGCGAGGAAGAGAUAACAUCAACCAUUCAGCAAAAGGGCCUUAAUUGCUCCUGCUAUUCUUCCUCCCGAUCUUCGUUUCCAGUAUUCACUUGGCGAUAAUAGUUGCUCUCCUUUUGCUUGUGGAUUGGAGACUCUUCUUUUUGCCCCGGCAGGAAAGAAGAUGUUGGAUGCUGUAGUGUGCGUUCUUCUCGAAAAGCUGUUAAACGUUCUCUCUGAGCAAUGCAACCUCGUGGCCAAUCUCAGGGAACAGUUCGGGAAAAUGCGGAGCGAGCUUAAGAUGAUGGAGAGCUUCCUAAAAGAUGCAGAGAGAUUGAAGAGAAGGAACCUCACCCUUAAACUGGUCAUGGUGGAACUGCGGGAAUUGAUAUACGAAGCAGAAGGCAUAUUGGCAGACUGCCAACUUCAAAACUGCGAUGGAAUUGGAGACUUCUCAAGAAGCAGUUCGUGGAAAGUUUGUGUCGGCCCUUCGAAGCUUCCAUUCCAAUAUCAGCUGGCAAAGCGAUUGAAUGAAAUUAACGAAAAAAUAAUUGAGAUAAGGCAAAAGAUAUUCACAUACCUCAGAGUGCCACUUCAGAGUACUCCUGAGGCAGGAGAUAAGCCCUUGCGCUGGAGCUCAGAGAUCUACAAUCAUACCCAAGUCGUUGGGUUGGAGAAUGACACAGUUAAGAUCAAAGAUUGGCUGUUUCAGGGAGGUCCUGAGAUACUCUCUAUCGGGGUUGUUGGGAUGGGAGGAUUGGGCAAGACCACAGUUGCCCAAAAAGUCUUUAACGAAAAGGAAAUUGAUCUGUAUUUUGAGAGGAGGAUGUGGGUUUCAGUGUCUCAGACAUUCACAGAGGAGAAGAUCCUGAGACACAUGCUUCGAAGCUUGGGGGAUGUGGGCCUGGGUGAUAAUCAUGGGGAAUUGUUGAAGAAGAUAAACCAGUUUUUAUUGAGCAAACGCUUCUUGCUCGUGAUGGAUGAUGUGUGGAGCCUGGAGGUAGAUUGGUGGGAUAGAAUCUAUGAUGGACUUCCUAAAGGAAAUGGAAGUUGCAUCAUAAUCACAACGAGGAACGAGGUUGUAGCGAAGAAGAUGAGAGUGCCUGACUGGAGAAUUCACCGCCCGAAAUUCUUAAAUGACUACGAGAGUUGGCUCCUCUUUAGAAAGAUCGCGUUCGCGGCCACAGGGGGAGAGUGCAUCUAUCCUCACCUAGAGGAAAUUGGGAAGGAGAUUGUGGACAAGUGCAAGGGCCUCCCAUUGGCAAUAAAGGCCAUCGGAGGAAUGAUGCUUUGCAGGGAACCAAACCACAGAGAGUGGAAGAUGAUUGCAGAACAUUUCCGGGACGAGCUGGCAGGAGAUUAUUCGGACUCACUGAAGGCCCUGAAUGCUUCUCUUCAAUUGAGCUAUGAUGAGCUUCCGGGUCACCUAAAGUCAUCCUUCCUCUGCCUAUCUCUCUAUCCUGAAGAUUGUGUCAUAAACAAGGAGCAACUAAUGUAUUGGUGGAUUGGGGAAGGGUUUGUUCCGACGAGGACUGGGAGAUCUAUGAUUGAUUCUGCUGAAGAUUGUUUCUCUGAACUAUCCAACCGGUGCCUUAUAGAACCAGUUGACAAGACUUACAAUGGGGUGAUAAUCACUUGUAAGAUUCAUGAUAUGGUUCAGGAGUUGAUCAUGAAGAUCGCACGGGAGGACUCAUUCUUUGACCUGAAAGAUUCUAUUAGCUGCCGCCACUGGGGGAUCAAUAACACGGUCAAGCAAGAUAACUUUGUUGCAAAUCAAAAGCUUCGGACAUUGUUAUCUACAACAAAAACAGGUGAAGUCAAUAAAGUUGCCUCCAAAGAUGCUAAGAGUUUUGUCGAGUGUCGAUACUUGCGAGUGUUAGACCUCUCCAAGUCGAUAUUCGAGACACCUCUCUUUGGUUUGUUAAGGCAAAUCGCAUCCCUGCGACAUUUGACCUAUCUGAGCUUAAGCAACAGUCACCCUUUGAUCGAGUUACCAGAGUCCUUGAACAAGCUUCAGAACCUUCAGAUUCUCGACUUGAGUUACUGUCAGAAUCUGAGAAUUCUUCCAACUACAGUAGCCACUCUAAAGAAUCUUCAGGUUCUUGAUGUGGCCUACUGCGGGUCCCUCCGAUACUUGCCCCAGGGAAUCGGGAACCUGUCGGGCCUUGAGGUCUUACUGGGCUUCAGGCCUGCAAGACCGGACCAAUUCGGAGGCUCUCGUGUUUCCGAGCUGAAGAAGCUGACCCAGCUGAGAAAACUUGGGUUGCAGUUCACCCGGGGCGAUGAGAUCGGGGAAAAUGAGGUUGACACACUAUUGAAUCUUCAACGGUUGGAGUUUCUCUCAAUUAGUUGCUUCGACGCUCAUGAGAGCGACCUCAUAACAAAGCUUGAGAAGCUCUCUCCUCCGCAGAAUCUCCAUGAACUAUCACUGAAAUUCUAUCCUGGGUACACGAGCCCAAUGUGGCUCAGGCCUGAAUCACUUCCUAAGCUUACAUAUCUCUCAAUCUCGUCAGGAAAUCUUGCAAAGAUGAGCCAAGGAUUUUGGGGGAGAGAGAGGAAUGUCUGGAAAGUUAGAGGUCUGAUGUUGGAGUCUCUGUCGGACUUGGCGGAGGAGUGGUCAAACUUCCAAGCAGCAAUGCCUUACCUGAGGGUUGUGAGUGUGUGUUGGUGCCCAGAGUUGGAGUCCUUCCCAAUUGAAGAUGUCGGUUUCAGAGGUGGUGUGUGGACAAAGGGUGAGAAGCAGAACUAAUUAAGGCCAUCUUCCAUCCCACUGUUUUCGGAGCAAAUGCAGCAUAAAUCCCGCAGGAGUACUGGAAUAGGUAUGCAUCAAGUUGUGUAGUUUUAAGCAUUGAAACAAAUUCUUUUUCAGAUUGGGAAGCCUCGUACAAUAGUACGUGUACGACAGUAUGGUAGACGAAAGCAUUCUGCAGAGAUAGCUCAAACAAUGCAGUUACAAUUUCUUGCUCCUGUGCUUCUAUCAUUCUUCGUAAUGCAUCAAUUUCUUGAACAAAAGAGGCAGCAGUAGUUUUGGUACGUCAGGUUAUCGUUAUGAAGAAUAGCGAUGCCGUGUUUGUUAUGAGAUUAUAUUUAUAUAUGAUAACUGUCAUAAUAAUAUAUGCAUUAUAUAGCAAUUAGUUGUGUAAUGGGCAGAUCGAACUUUGUUGUGUAAUUGGCACGUCAAAUUUUUACGGUUUAUUAUGGGUAUUUGAGA